AUGGGCCAAGAUUUCAGUCGCGAAUAUCGGUCAACUUGGGGAAAUCCGGAUGUUAUAAAAUGGAAACAAACAGCUCGUACUGCUGUAAAGAGUUAUUAUUUGGGUUAUGAAGGUAUUCAAUGGCAUGAGUACGCAAAUGACGAAUUAUCUUUACUAACCAUUAAAAUUUGUUUUGCUCUCUUUGGUCAACCUACAGAGGUGAAUGAUAAUCUUACAAAACUCGAAGAUGCCUAUACAGACUCUCAAAAAGAAGCUGCAAACAAAAUCAGGAAUAAGAUCGUUGAAGUUUAUAGUAAUUCACCGGCAACCAGAUUGCGAGUUGGCAUUAUUUUUAUAUCAUGCAAGGAACUGGAAAAAGAAUUCUUGUUACCAAUAUUUCGUGUUUAUGUUGGUGACAGUAAUAGAGAUCUUGCAAAUUUCAUCGAUACUAACUGUAGAGUCUACCAGAAUUGGACAGAUUGGACGAAAAAUAACAAACUACCGAUGUUGAAAUAUUGUUAUCCUUCAAGAGGCUUUUAUACAUGUAGUCAUGCCAAUUCAUAUAUGUUUGACCCUAAUCAAGAUCCAGAUAUUGACUUUGGUACUUCUCCAGCAUGUGAUUUCACAGCCAGAGUUGCAAGACAGUUGGAUAUAUUUAGCGGUGUGACUGCACUUGCUACUGGAGGUGUUGCCAUUGUUGCCAUGUUUACUCCAUUAGCACCAGCAGUUAUCAUCGGAAGCGCCAUUUCUGGAACGACUGCCGCUGUCUAUGGUGCAGGAAGAUCGAUUGACCGUCUGGUUGAUAAAGGCAGUCAUAGCGAAAGUCUAGCUGAUCUAGAAUCUUUAACUUGUUGGCUCUCCAUUAUUUUAACUCCUGUUCAUUUUGCAACUGCUGCUACAAAUAGUUUCUUAGCUGCUGGAGCUCGAAAUAGUGGAAGAAUCUUUUCGAAUACCGUUCGGACGGCUGCAACAAUUUUGAAUCUUACAACAGUUGGUCUGGAUUCCGUCAUGAUUGCAUUCGGAUUUGCUAACUUAAUAGAGAAGGCGAAGAACAAUCAAUUAUCUUCUUUGGAUGUUUUACAAUUUAGUAUGAGCGUUUUCUUUUUCGGUCAUACUUUGAUUCAACCCAAGACUGCAUCUGGUAUUAUCAAAGCAGCGCAGAAUGAACAUAUUAGUGCUUAUAAGAAUACUAUGACGGAUGCAGAUGCACGACAAUCUUUCCAAGAUUUUAUCGAUAGAAAUCGUGGAAACGGCGGUAUUAAAGACAAUUCGAAGAUUGUGCGAACAAUUAAUAAAAUUAAUGAUCCCAAUGCUUUUUUCAAGGGCGUUGGAGAUAUGAAAGCAGAUAUUGGUGGCAGAAAAGGACGGACUAUUAUUCUUCAAGACAAUAAUGGUCAAAGUCACAGAGUGAAUCCGAAUCGAGUUUUCUUCAAUCAAUCAAAUAGACCUCCAAUUGAUUUAACUGUACUUCGUGCCGAUCUCUUGCGGGGCUUUGGUGUAGAGCCAGAUAUGGUACAAGUAAAUAAUGAAUAUAUUUUUCGAAACUUGACAGAACAUCAAAAGCAGAGAGUUAAAACUGUUCUUGGAGAUACAGCUCGAAAUUACAACAAAAAUAUUAUUGGUACUGCUAAAACACUCGCUCAAGAUUUGAAUUGUCGCACACUAGACGACUUUUUAUGUGUAGUCGAACUGGUUGCAAGCGAAGUUAAAGGAAAGAAAGAACCUGACCUAAUUACACAACUGAAUCAUCUUAAAGGUAAUGGAAAAACUGAUUUUAUUGACGGCAUACAACGUGAUCUUACACGUGCCACAGACAUCGCGAGGAAUGCAAAGAAAGCAUUUGACAACCCUCUUAAAGCUGUAUACCAUUAUCGCAAACACGGCAGUGAUUUCGUAACUCGGUUACCAGAUAAGAUUGAUUUCUAUUUGACAAAAGUCCCACAAAAGAUCUUUCAAGACGCAAAUUUAACUGGUAUUCGUCGUGAACCUAACGGUGUCACGGUAAAAACAUACAUUACGCAGAAGGCUGAAUUUGGAGUGCUAGUAGAGCUACCUGACAACAUGCAAUGCAUUGCUACUUUGUUCAGGAAUCCAAAUGCAUUAAAAACUCUUACACAGAAAAUAGCUGCAGCACAAGCUAACGUUUUCACCCUUUCCAUGGUUGGUGAUGUUGCUCAACAAUUUGUGGUUUCUAUGGGAUUAGCCUCAAUUCUCAUUAAUGUCAAAGUAGAUAACAAACCAACCGUUUCACUGAAUGAUUUUGCCAGAGAUCAGAGCGAUUCGGAAGCUCUACAACAGAUGGCUCGUAUUCUUCAUGCAAUGACUUUGGAUACUGAUGACCAAUUAUCAUCUGAAUGA